AUGGAUGGCGUCGGAGUAGAAGUUAGCAAGAGGCCUCAUGCUGUGUGUCUCCCAUUCCCAGCUCAAGGUCACAUAAGCCCAAUGAUGAAGUUUGCAAAGCUCCUACAUCACAGAGGCUUUCACAUAACCUUUGUCAACAGUGAGUACAACCACAAACGCAUGCUCAAAUCCCGAGGCCCCUCCGCCCUCCACGUCUCCCAGGACUUCUGUUUUGAAGCCAUCCCCGAUGGUCUGCCUCCUACAGAUGCUGACGCUACGCAAGACAUCCUGUCUCUUUGCGACUCCACAAGCAAGACUUUCUUAGGACCAUUUCGCAACCUGCUGGAUAACCUUAGUCUUGACAAGACCCUCCCACCGGUGACCUGUAUUGUCUCCGAUGGUGUCAUGUCAUUCGCCAUCAAGGCCAGUGAAGGCUUGGAAUUCCGGUGGCUCUGUUCUGGACUGCAAGUGCAUGCGGCUUCAUGGGCUGCACGCAGUACCGCCAACUUAUUGACAAAGGUCUUACACCACUCAGAGGUACAUGUUAUGUUACAUGAAAAAUAA